AUGCUUGGUACAAGUCUAACAAACUUGUAUUCCGUCAACCCCUCCUCCCGCUACGACGUCAGCCUCUGCGACGUGGUGGACGGCGGCCUCGAUGUGUUCUGGGACGGCGGCACGCUCUACCACCGCCGCAUGCUCAAGCCCGUCUGGCUCUACGUCGCCAUCAGCGCCGUCAGCGUCUACCUCGUGUCGGUCAUCGCGCAGAACAUCACCGCCCUGCUCCUGGGCGAGCCCGCCAGCGGCGGCACCGCCUCCGAGGGGGGCCGCUGGGCGUGGGCGGUGAGGGCCGCGGAGGUCACCGUGGUGGGCGGCGUGCUGGGGUGCUCGGUGCUGCCGCUGCUGGUGAACGACUCGCUGCUGCUCUGGGAUGAGCUGGCGUACGCGUGGUUCAUGCUGGCGUACGUUGCGUUGCACGCGGCCUUCAUGGCGUACAAGGUCAGGUUCGACCGCGACAACCGGGCGAGGCACUUCCUCACCUUCAACCUCAUCACCGGAAUCCUGCUGCUCCUCACCCUCUCCAUCUACAACACGCUUGCCAACCCCUACGUGGGGAUCCUGCUCGUGAUGCUCGCCAUGCGCUGCUUCUACAAGGUGCUCGACGUCUCCCUCGCCGAGCGCGGGGCCUGCCUCGACCUCGAGGCGGCCGUGAUGGUCUUCGACGCCGCGGGGAUGCUCCUCACCCACUACGUCGGCUUCCGCCGCAGCUUCAUGUUCGGUUUCGACGGGGACACCUCCUUCGUGAUCGUGUGUUUGUUCAGUUGGGGAUGCCUGGGUGGACACCAGUUUUCAAGGUUCUGUAGUGCAUCCGAUGCUUCGUGUUUCGGCUGCAUCGCAAAUUCCUUCGAAAAUCAGGAGUACAUAUCCGAUGUCACCGGUGUGAUAUACUUCUGUGAGUGCAAUUCCGGUGCAUACUUCGAUUCUUCGUCCGGUGUGGCCUGCCGGGUGUGUAGCUGCCCGCCGAAUAUGUAUGCAAGCACUCCUUGCCAGGAUGCGGCUGCGCCUGUGUGCAGCGACUGCACUAGCUGCUUCCCUGGGUUCUACGCUUCGUCUCAAUGUUCGUACUCGUCCAAUACAGGCUGCACGGCGUGUAAGGAUUGUGCACCGGAGAAUUAUCUGUCGGGUGGGUGCACAGGACCAGACGAUUCGGCAUGUACCGCGUUUAGGAAGUGUGGCGCGAAUGAAUACGAGACAAACGGUUGUAACGAGCAGCUGAAAGAUCGUGAGUGUGCCACCUGUCCAGGUUGUCCGAUCCCGGGCCAGUUCAGGGUGAAUUGUGGGGGUAAGUACUCCGGCGACUGCACCUAUUGCACGCAGCGGUGCAUUUCCAUCACCACGGUGAACAGGUAUACCCCCGACUGUCAGUCUACGACUUGCAGGCAGGCAGAGCCGUACUGCUCCUUACAGUCAGAGUAUGUGUUCUUGACUGCAUUCUCUAACUUCGACCGGGAGUGCCUCGGCAUGGACAGUUACAUGCAACAAUACAAUUACAUAGAGCAGGACACCCUCAUCAUGAACUGGGUGGAGGAUAUCCAGUGCAUGCUUCCUUUCAUCUCGAGCUGCGUAAGGCAGAGGGUGGAGGAUCGCGUGAUGGUCGUGAACGGCAUGACGUUCUCGAGGUGCAGCUGUAAGGCUGGGUACCGUGUGCAGAUGUACAGCGUCGAUGAGGUCGACCUGGCUUGUUUGAAGAGCGAGUUCCCGCCCGUGGUCACCGAGAUAGAUGGUCAGGAUGUCUCUGUGAUCCCCUAUUACUUUUGUAAGCGAUGCCCUCCCAUGACUUAUUCCGAGGCGAGUGACAUCGGGUGCAAGACCUGUCCCCUCGGGAGCAGCCCCAACGCAGACCAGACCUCUUGCGAGCCGUGCGCCCUUGGGACCAUCAACGUGUGGAGCAUCGAGAUGAACGCAUACGUGUGCCUGCCAUGCGAGCCGGGCACCUACCAGAAUGAGCGCAACCAAUAUCAGUGCAAGCCGUGUGGUUGGGAUCAAUAUUCGGGAUACGGUGAGACGAGCUGUCACUUCUGCCUGGGACCGGCGAAUCAUACAAGCGACCACGUUAAAUGUGCCCUAGUCUGCCAGGGUCGUUGCGAGUAUUGGAAUUCUACCACACAGAGCACCGAUUAUGUGGGACUGUCAGGCAGGACCCGCGUCUGUCCGGAUCUGAGUCCCUCCAGCACUUGCGUUGCUUGUGAUUCUGUGGCCUGUGCCACGGAUAGCCUCCGAGUGUUCGACGCUGCGUCGUAUACAGACAAGAACAUGAACUGCUCUAUGUGCUCGGGUGUGUUCCUCUCUGCCGACUACGACUGCGAGGAGGGUGUGUUUAUCAUGGAUACCGCCACCUCCUUGUACGGCUGCAGGCCUUGCCAGGCUCUCCCCUUCCAGAUGUGCCCGCUUGAGUUUGUGCAGAGGUAUAACUUCCACGGUGCCAUGGUGAGGUUUACGAGGGUGGGCUGCACCACUUUCGUCCGGGGGGUACCCGACAAUGUGCCCAAUUACGGUAGGUGUGUCGAUUGCAAGAUGGCAUUGUCGCAGCUUCCAAAUUCCUCCUCUCCCGCAUGCGGACUCUCGGAAUACAUGGAUGGGUGCGGUUGCCAGAAUCCCUCCGCGCUGAACGAUUCCGACUGUGUUGUGAGCCCGUCCUGCGCACCUUGCUUCGCCAACCCCCCUUCCAAUGCGGUCGUGAGCUUCAACGACAUGGACGUGAGCUGCCAGCUGGACUGCCUGCCUGGUUACACGGGUAUAUCCGUCAACGAUGUCUGUGUGGAUACCUGCAUUCUCGUGAGCUGUGACGGCACCUCGGUUGCAAUCCCCUGCCUCCCGCCGUUGUUGCAGAGGUGUGAGAGGUGUGUCAACGUCUACAACCGGCAGGACAGUCUGUACCGGCUCGGGACUUAUGACCACGGCAUGAAUUUCAUCGAUCGGAGAUACGGGCAGCGCAUGGCGAGUUUCGAGAAUCUGAUGAUCAUGGAUGUUACCCGGGUGGACAAUCGACUCUGUGUCAGGGGGAAUAAGUAUGUGGAUGAGCUUACAGGUGAGGGGGCGAGCUCUUAUUCUGAUCAGGAUGGCUUCAAGUUUCCCGUGCAGUGCUUCUGGGACGAGACUGAUGACACUCACAAACUAGCCUAUCGUGAUUCACUGCCGAGCAUGCAGCUCGAGAACAAGUUCGCACCCAAGGGCAGCCCGCAGUGGUACUCCGACAGCAUCACCUAUGCCGAGAUCCACAACCCGAAGGUUUCUGGGCUGGGUGAGACCUACAUCCGGAUGAAGCUCUUCAGCAAUCCCAAGACGCUGCACUUGCCCGACCUAAAGGUGUAUCCCACCGUGACGCUGGAGCGGUCGUGUGGGCUAGAUCAGAUGCAGCUCUGCGCCUUCAGCAGCACCUAUGUGGAUCCAACCAACUCCAAUGUCUCUGACCUUUUCGAUGGCGACCCUUCCACGGGCUAUAGGACGAUAAAUGUUGCCUUGCAAGACACCCUGCUGUUUGACCUUGGGGCGGCGAGGGGUAGGCAGGGGAAAGGGGGAAAGUAG